CCUCCAGCGCUGAGGUGCCCCUCGCUGCCCUCCGUGAUGUGGAAGCUCGUGCCCGCCGCAGGAAAAGGAGAGCCAUAUCGGCUUUUAAGUGGUACAGAAUAUGUUGUUGGACGCAAAAACUGUGCAAUUUUAAUUCAGGAUGAUCAGUCCAUCAGUCGAAGUCAUGCAGUUCUUACAGUAAGUCGUCCUGAAACAAUCCCUAGCCAGUCUCUCUCAGUCCCUGUAUUAACAGUAACAGAUACAUCUAAGUAUGGUACCUUUGUUAAUGGAUCAAAACUCAAUGGCACUUCAGUGUCUUUGCAGUCUGGUGACAGAAUCAACUUUGGAGUCUUUGAGAGCAAGUUUAGAGUAGAGUACGAACCUUUGGUUGUCUGCUCCUCAUGUUUAGAUGUUGCUCAGAAAACUGCUUUAAAUCAAGCCAUCCAGCAGCUUGGAGGCCUUAUAGUGAAUGAAUGGACAAAAGAGUGUACUCACCUUGUCAUGGUAUCAGUAAAAGUUACUGUUAAGACUAUAUGUGCUUUGAUUUGUGGUCGACCAAUUAUAAAACCAGAGUUUUUUGUUGAAUUAAUCAAAGCUAUUCAGUCCAGGCAACAGCUGCCAAAUUAUGAAAGCUUUUAUCCUCCAGUUGAUGAGCCUUCCAUUGGUACUGAAAAACUGGAUUUAUCUGAGCAUCAUGAAAGGAAAAAAAUAUUCACUGGAAAAACUUUUGUAUUUCUAACUGCCAAGCAGCACAAGAAACUGGGUCCAGCAGUUAUUCUUGGAGGAGGGGAAGCAAAAUUGAUGACGGAGGAAAGAAAAGAAACAUCUUUACUGGUUUCUCCUGAAGUUUGUGUUGUUGAUGCAGGGUUGACAAACUCUCAAAUCCCAGGAUCUGACUCCAUCAGAAACUGGACUGAUUCUAUUCUGACUGUCUUGCAAAGCAAGGAUCUCAGGGCUAUUCCCGAAGCAGAAAUUGGAUUGGCAGUUAUCUUCAUGUCUACGGAAAAAUAUUGCAACCCUCAAAAGCAGCCUGGUAACAAAGCUGUAACUAAGAGUAGUCCUGCAUCAGCUAUUGUAGGGCGAGCCAUUUCUCAGAGUUUGGCUGUGGAUGAAACUGUAAUGCCAACUGCUGCAGAUAACAGCACAGUAUAUGUAGCUGAUACAGAAAUAGAAGAGCAGACAUGUAUGGAGAUAGAGAACACUCCCCAGAUGGACAGAAGAGGGAAAAUGGCUUUCCAGGAUAUAACCACUGUAAAGAAAAACCCUAGCACAAGUGGCAAUGUAAAUGCAGGAACAUCAAUAUCUAGAGUGAACAGAAUGUCUGGGUUUAGUCAAAAAAGUCAUGCUGUCUCACCAUCUAAAAUUUCAGAAGCUGGUAAACCUAGUGAGUGCGCUUCACGUCACCAGUCUAACUCAAUUACAAAUUACUUCCAGGUAGCUAGAAAAAGGGAAAGAGAUGAAGAAGAAGAAAAAACCUCUAUACCCAAACUAGCAAAACUGGAGGAAAGGUCAUCGCCUGUUUCCAAAUGCACCGAACCCACAGCUUCAUCAGUGCAGAACAGUGAAGCAGAACAGCAUCAAAAGGAAAAUAACAUCCUGGACCCAAACCCAAAUUUUGCAUUAGAAGAUAUGGGUAUAAAGCUUAUGAGGGAAAGUGGUAAACUAGUAAGUGAUAAAACAGACACUAAAAUUACUUCUAGUGAAAAGCAUGCGCCAAAGAAGAGAAAGAAGUUAGAUGAUUUAUCUGAAGAUACAGAGGCUCUAGAAAUUGUGUUUGGAAGCAGAGACCUAGACUGGGAAGAUCAAAUGGUAGAUCAUGACCAGGAAGCUCAAGGAAAUACACGCAAAAAAAGAUGUUCAGAAGCCAAAGGAAGCCAGAUUCAAGAAGUAAAUGUAAAGCAGAGAGAGGAGAAUAAAAUAUUGAAAGAAGAUGAACUUGGAUCAGUUCUAACUUCAGAAAUGAAAAGUGAGAUCAAGCAAGAGUCGCCAUUCUUGAACCACAACAAACUUCAAGGUGACUCCAGCAAUCUUCCUAGCAGACUUCUGUUGACUGAGUUUAGAUCGUUGGUUGUCAGCCAUCCAAGACCGAACAGUCAGCUUACUGGAAAUACCAGCUCCGGGGGAAAGAAAAAUUUCAAAAUGUUCAAAAAGGUAGCUUAUCUAGGGGCAGGACAACUUCCAUACAUUAUUGGAGGAUCAGAUUUGAUUGCUCACCAUGCUAAAAAGAAUUCAGAAUUAGAAGACUGGUUAAGGCAAGAAAUGGAGGAACAGAACCGACAUGCAAGAGAAGAAUCGCUUGCUGAUGAUCUCUUUAGAUAUGAUCCUAAUGUGAAAAGGAGAAGAUAAAUUGUGACCUGAAUUUACAGUGAUCCUCUAGCAAAAUUUGCUUUCUGUUCCUUAGGUUUGCUAGUUACAGCAAUAUAUACCUACGUAUGACAUCUUGAGCUGUCUGUUAUUGUAAGACUUGUUUUUAAGUCUUGCUUUUAGUAAAGGAAAAUAAAAGUUUCUUUCACUGCUUGGUACUUACAGAUUGCACAUUUUCAAGACCUUAACAUUAUUUGCUUCAGAGUAAUGCUGAGUAAAAUACCAUAGAUAAUUA